CGCGACUGUAACUACAGUCAUAAAAACAGAGGAAAAUGGCUGCAUGUGUGAUGCUACGUUGCUUGUCCUCCAACUUUACUUCUGCCCUAUCUUUGCUCUCACGUUCAGCACAGCUACCUCCUACUCGGCUGGUAUCUAGGCCAUAUUUACUACGGACUCUGUCCACUGCCACUCAACUCCCAUCAGCUCUUAAAUUCACAGACAAACACGAAUGGAUACGAGUAGAGGGAGGGUUAGGGACGGUUGGAAUCAGCAACUUUGCUCAGGAAGCUCUGGGAGAUGUGGUGUACUGUGGACUACCAGAGGUUGGCACCCAGCUGGCACAGGCUGAUGAGUUUGGAGCGUUGGAGAGUGUGAAGGCAGCCAGUGAGCUGUACUCUCCUCUGACCGGUGAAGUCAUGGAGGUCAACCAACUCCUGGCAGAUAAACCAGGGCUCAUCAACAAGUCCUGCUACAAAGAUGGCUGGCUGAUGAAGAUGACCAUUGCCAAACCAGAGGAGCUGGACGCCCUUAUGGAUGAAAAGGCCUAUGAGAGAUACAUCAGAUCCAUGGAGGAUUAACGCGGUCUAGGAAUAACGUUAACACCCCACCCGUCCCCCCCACGCCUGCCUGUCAAUCACUACCAGAGGAAGUUGUGAUGCUACACCAGAAACGCCAGAGGAGCUGCAGAGCUCAUCCGCAUUGACCCGCCUGUGUUGUGCUCUGAAUGUUAGGAGUCCUUAGCGUAUUGUAAUGUGUAAUGGCAAGUGUCUUACAUAGGUGGCAUGGUAAUGUACAUGGCUGAAGUAGAGUGACACUGUCCAGUAAGUCCUGAUACAGCCUCUGGAUGAAUCUCAUGUCGUAACCUCACUUCCUCACGUCCUCCACCUGCUCUUUAAAUCAUCCGAGGUUUAUGUCUCUGAUUUGAGGAGUCGGGGGGCUUGAGGGAGACGUUUAAGAUUCAUCCCCAGUGUUCACCUUAAGGGCUCGUGGUGAGGAACAGGAGACUAAACUCUAUUGGGAAGAACAGUCCUCAGACAAUCACUGUCAAAUAUAGAGGUCUUGAUCAGUCCACCUCACAGGGGAAGGGAUUAACAGAGCACUUUGGAUUUGGAGGAGGCUGGUUUCUACUGUUUGUUUGUGCCUCUGCGUGUACAGCAUGCACUGGCACUGAAGAUGAGAUGUAGAAAUAAAACACUCACACUUCCUUGUG